UGGCAGCUCAAUGCAGUAUGAACAAAACAAGCUGAACCACAGUUUAAUUGUUUUAUAGGCCGAUAUUAUUUUGUCACAUGUUUUUUGUUUUGUUUAUCAGACCAUUUAUUUUGGGGCUGUUAUUAUCAAGAUACUCAUUUGUUAAUAUUUAGUUGUUUUUUAAUCACUUUUUUCAUCACUUAUCAUUGAUGUGCCCCAAGAAACUUGAACAAAAUGUAUUAUCAGUCAUUCUGUUCCAGUUCCUAAUAUUGUUCUAUAGAAACGGUUAUUUUAUACACAAUGUAGCUGAUUUAUUGUCCAUAGUGUUUUCUGGUUUAGUUAAGUUUUAGGUGAGAAUAUGGAGCAUACUAUUGGUACCGUAAUAACACGCUUAUUUCCAUUAGGGGGUAGAUUAUGACUUGGUGUAGCAGUCCAUUUUAGAGAGUGUAUUCUUCAUUAGAUAAGGGUUAAUCAUUGUCCGAUUUCUUAUCAGAUAAAAGCUUUACAUACAGUGUAUAAAAGUUAUGUUCCUCAUCACAUCUAAUAGGAUCACUUCUUAUCAGCAUACAGUCAUAGUUACUGGUUGGAUUGUAGUUCCCCUUGAUUCAAUUAGCUAUGCUGUUUUGCCUUUUUAAAGUCCCAUGAACUAUUACAUACCUUCUGUGACAAGAGACAAUAUGGGAGUGAAAGAUAUGAGGAAAAAAUGAAACUUAAGGAAAGGAAAACUCAUCCAUUGUAAUAAUACUAGCCUCACUCAGUCAGUCCCAUGACUGCUGAAACUCUUCACUGAGAAAGACAUCACAUCCCAGACAGAGCACACCAUGGGCGUCCAGGGAUUGACCAGCUUUAUGGAGGAGAAUGGAAACAUUUUAAAAGAUGUUCACCUCAGAAACAGCAAGUUGAUCAUCGAUGGUAGUAAUCUGUUCAACUUGCUUUAUUUUAACUCACGUUUGGAUCAGAGUCAUGGAGGGGAUUAUGAUGCUUUUGAGGUCCAGGUCUGCAAGUUCUUUAAGGCUCUGAGAGACUGCGACAUUGACCCCUUUGUGAUUGUAGAUGGGGGCUCCGACUACACCGACAAAAAGUUUGAAACAAAAAAAAACAGAGCUCAAUCAAGGAUCAACACUGCCAACGACUUGUCCAUGGGGCUUCAGGGGAGCGGUGGUAUAUUACCAACCCUCAUCGAACAUGUCUUCAAACAGGUCCUCUCCAGCCUGAAGGUGCCGUACGCACAGUGCAUUUGUGAGGCAGACCAAGAAAUAGCCUCCCUGGCUCGAAGUUGGAACUGUCCAGUGCUGUCUAAUGACAGUGACUUUUAUAUCUUUGACAUCCAGGCAGGAUUUCUGCCUAUCUCCCAUUUUCACUGGCAGAAAGUGCCUAUGCAACGCGGGAGCUCUAUAAGAUACAUUCCCUGCAAGCAGUACACCACAACAAGCUUCUGCAGACACUUCAACAUCAACAGAAAGGUUCUCCCGGUCUUUGCCUCUGUGGCAGGAAAUGACUACAUCAAGUUGCAUAACAUGGGUGUUUCCCUCAGGUGGGAAGAAUACACGUCAAUGAAAGGAAGGUUUGCCCGCUUCGACGGCUUGCUGAAUUGGCUGACCCCCUUCCAUGUGCAGAAGGAUGCCUUGGACUCUGUGCUCAGGCUCAUCAGUCAUAGUAACAACAGACAGAAAACAGGGGCUGUCCUCCAUGGCCUCUCCCUGGGCAUAGAAGAGUACCAUCUUCCCCCUAGUUGCCUGGAGCGGUUCUUCAACGAUGGAGUGGGACCAGGGCCCGGCCGUCUCCCAGAGCCUAUGAGGGUCCUUCCAGACUGGACCCUGCUGCCGUUGAUGGAAGGUAGACUUCCCUCCUGCAUGGUAGACGUGCUGCUGCUGGGAAGGAUGAUGCAGGGCGCCAAGGUGGAAGAUCCCAGCUUGUCAUGUGGGAACAACACCUCUCGGUCCAUACGACAGGUACUCUACGGGCUGCUGCUGAGUGGGAGGACGGCAGACCACAGCAGUCAGAGACCCCCAGUUGAUGAAGUGGAGGAGUAUUACAGGGAAAGCAAGAGCCUGACCAGCAGCAUGGUUGAAGCCGUCCUGCCCAGUGCUGCAGAACAUUUACAGCUAGACACUCUGCAUCAGGCUCCAAGGUUAGUGCAGCUUAAGGUAUUUUUGGAGACACUUGGUGUGUCCCAGUCCACUUUGAGCGGUGUCCCGCCUCAUCUGCGUCUUCCUGUGGCUGCCACCUGCUACUGGCUGAGACACGCCCAUCCCCCUCCAGAACUCCCUGUCCUGCAGGCCCUGCUACUAGGAUUGGUGUACGGAGAGCUCUGCAGACAGAGGAAGAGCCAAAGAGGGUUUAUGGAGGGACCAGUGUUGGAGAGGCUGAGAGGGCUGAUUCAGAGAGGUAGAAGGAGCCUAGACCUGGGUGUGGCCCACGCCUACAGCCAGUGGCAGUGCUGCCUGAAAGAAAGCCUUCACCUCAACCAACUGCUGUGCUUCCCUUUAGCCGAGCCUCAGUGUGCCUGGCUGUACAAGGGCACUCUGGUGCACCAGCUUGUGACCAAACUGAGAAGGGGGUUAACCCCAGAUUCUCUCCUGAUGGGAGGCCCUUGCUCUGGGCAGCUGUAUAGGGCCAUGCUGGGAGCCAUACUCAACUCCAAUGAUUCUCAUGAGGCAGCUGUCAUCCCAUUUGUGUCUGGGCUGCAGAGGGCCACACCUCCUUCCUUGACACAGCCACUGGACAAUCUGACGGCCAGUCUACACAUUUUGGCUCUGGAAGAAGAUGAUGAUGAUGGUGCUGCAGGUGGGAGCAAGGCCAAGCCAGAGGACGAUCUGGGUUGGACUUUGGUCUCAGUGCGGACCCGGCACAAGAGCAAGGACAGAUUCAACCGAUCUAGGAAUCCAGAAUUCUCCCGGAAGCAGGGGCGGAUCGGCUGGGAAUAGGGAGGGACCAUUAUAUAACUGUUUAGAUAUAGAGACGUUCUGCUCAACUCUUUAAUAUUUUAUUGAUCUUAUGUGUACCUAUUAUGACUUAAUUGACAUUUUAUUAGCAUUAACUAUAAUAGAACUUAUGAUAAGUUGGACUGUUUAAUCAGUUUUUAUUUAUUUGCUCUCUACUGUAAAACGUAUUUUGGUCUUUGAAAAUUGCUCUAUAAAUCCCAUUCAUUGUUACGAUUAUAUUACUGCUGCUCUUGAAAUAUUUUAUCAUCAAAAUGAAAAAUAACAUUUAAACCAGCUAUUCUUGAGAAUGAUUGGGUAUACACACUAAAGUCUAUCUCUGCUUUGGCAGUAUAUUUUAAAUUAAAUUCUUAAACUGAACAAAUCUUAGAUAGUCAUUUUUACCUCUAUGAGAAAAAAAUGUGUUACUUCAGUGAUGCUGAAAAUGUAUGCCACCUAAACUCAUUAUACAGUACCAGUCAAAGGUUUGGACACACCUACUCAUGCAAUGCUUUUAUUUUAUUUUAUUUUUUUACAUUUUCUACAUUGUAGAAUAGUGAAGACAUCAAAACUAUAAAAUAGCACAUAUGGAAUCAUGUAGUAACCCAAAAAAGUGUUAAACAAAUCAAAAUAUAAUUUAUAUUUUAGAUUCCUCAAAGCAGCAACCCAUUGCCUUGAAGACAGCUGCACACUCUUGAGAAAAGACUGCCUGCAUCACUUCAUGUUUUUAUAAGAAACAUUCAUGCUUUGGAAAUUCCUAAUUGUUUGCAUAGUCAACUUACACACUCAUUCUCUGGACAAGCUUUUUACCGGAUGCCCCAAACAAUCGGAAAGUGGAUUCAUCAGAGAAAAUGACUUUACACCAGUCCUCAGCAGUCCAAUCCCUGUACCUUUUGCAGAAUAUCAGUCUGUCCCUGAUGUUUUUCUUGGAGAGAAGUGGCUUCUUUGCUGCCCUUCUUGACACCAGGCCAUCCUCCAAAAUUCUUCGCCUCACUGUGCGUGCAUAUGCACUCACACCUGCCUGCUGCCAUUCCUGAGCAAGAUCCCGCAGCUGAAUCAACUUAAGGAGACGGUCCUGGAGCUUGCUGGACUUUCUUGGGCUCCCUGAAGCCUUCUUCACAACAAUUGAACCGCUCUCCUUGAAGAUCUUGAAGAUCCGAUAAAUGGUUGAUUUAGGUGCAAUCUUACUGGCAGCAAUAUCCUUGCCUGUGAAGCCCUUUUUGUGCAAAGCAAUGAUGACGGCAUGUGUUUCCUUGCAGGUAACCAUGGUUAACAGAGGAAUAAUCAAAAUCUAAUCAAAUCUAUUUAUAUAGCCCUUCGUACAUCAGCUGAUAUCUCAAAGUGCUGUACAGAAACCCAGCCUAAAACCCCAAACAGCAAGCAAUGCAGGUGUAGAAGCACAGUGGCUAGGAAAAACUCCCUAGAAGGGCCAGAACCUAGGAAGAAACUUAGAGAGGAACCAGGCUAUGAGGGGUGGCCAGUCCUCUUCUGGCUGUGCCGGGUGGAGAUUAUAACAGAACAUGGCCAAGAUGUUCAAAUGUUCAUAGAUGACCAGCAGUGUCAAAUAAUAAUAAUCACAGUGGUUGUCGAGGGUGCAACAGGUCAGCACCUCAGGAGUAAAUGUCAGUUGGCUUUUCGUAGCCGAUCAUUCAGAGUAUCUCUACCGCUCCUGCUGUCUCUAGAGUGUUGAAAACAGCAGGUCUGGGACAGUUAGAACGUCCGGUGAACAGGUCAGGGUUCCAUAGCCGCAGGCAGAACAGUUGAAACUGGAUCAGCAGCAGGCCAGGUGGAUUGGGGACAGCAAGGAGUCAUCAGGCCAGGUAGUCCUGAGGCAUGGUCCUAGGGCUCAGGUUCUCCAAGAGAGAGAAAGAAAGAAUUAGAGAGAGCAUACUUAAAUUCACACAGGACAAGACAGGAGAAAUACUCCAGAUAUAACAGACUGACCCUAGCCCCAGACACAUAAACUACUGCAGCAUAAAUAUUGGAGGCUGAGACAGGAGGGGUCGGGAGACACUGUGGCCCCGUCCGACAUUACCCCCGGACAGGGCCAAACAGGUAGGAUAUAACCCCACCCACUUUGCCAAAGCACAGCCCCCACACCACUAGAGGGAUAUCUUCAACCACUAACUUACCAUCCUGAGACAAGGCCGAGCUUAGCCCACAAAGAUCUCCAACACGGCACAACAAAACAGCCCCCACAAUCAUCAAUUUCUCUCAGACAAUCAUCAGUCAUAUGUGUGGGGCUAGGGUCAAGUGCUGUGCUUGUUGACUCUCCUUUAUAAGUGUGCUGAAGGUCUGUUGUCAAUUUGUUUACUGUAAAAUAGCAUUGUAUCUUGUCUACUAAGCUUAUCUAUAUCGCUGGAAGUUUCCUUACUAAAUAAGAUCAAAAGGAAACUGUCAUAAGUGAUCACAUGCCAGACACUCCUCCACUAGAGCAUUACUGGUAUAUUUGUUUUCAUUUUCAUACGGUCCAUCACAUUGGCAGGUGUGUUUUUUUUGUUGCCCUGAAGUACGCCAGGUACUCUACGGGCUGCUGCUGGGUGGGAGGAAGGCAGACCACAGCAGUCAGAGACGCCCAGUGGAUGACGUGGAGGAGUAUUAUAGGGAAGGCAAGAACCUGACCAGCAGCAUGGUUGAAGCCAUCUUGCCCAGUGCUGCAGAACAGAAGCAGUUAGACACUCUGCAUCAGGCUCCAAGGUCAGUGCAGCUCGAGGUGUUUUUGGAGAGCCUUGGUAUGUCAGUCUCCGUUGCCACUGGUUGAGGCAUGCCCAUCCCCCACCCGACCUGCCUCUUAUUUGUGUACAUUUUAUGGCUGUCAUUGACAUAUUUUAUAGUUAAUGCUAAAAACAAGUUUAUAAAAGAUAGAUGUAGAUUAUAAAACGAUAAAGACAGAAAC